AUCAUUGCCAUACCAUAUUGGAACAACGAGAUAACUAGACUGUACAGAAUUUUGAUUAUCAACUUAUUUUACUUAUUAAUUUAUACGUUCUUUUAUACAUUUAAUUACUUAUUCAUUGCACAACAUAUGAAGGAAGGUCAGACUCGAAUGCCGCCAUAUGUAAAUGAGGGAAGCACGGUGGGACUUCUUCGCCUCUUGAUCCUGUGCCCGCAAUCCCUGCCCGUCAUCUCCUCGCUGCUACACAAUUUACAUACAAUAUAGCCACCAGCCACCAGCCAUCCCGGAGGAGCUGUAGGCGACAGUGGUGGAGACACUGGUGAAGGUGAGGCAGUACAGUAGUGAGGAGCCCGCGUUGCUUGUUGUCCACCCCUAUCUCCCCACCCAACACCUCCCCAUGGCUCGCCGCUCUGCCAGAAAAGUCCACGCGGGGCUGCUUCAUCGUUUCCUGGGCAAGGAAAGCUUCAUGGAAUUCCUGAAGCUCCAGUGCAUCAUGACGGGAAGCCCGAGAGACGUGGUGAAGCGUGUUGAUCUCUCCCGUGCCUACAGGAGGUUCUGCAGUGCCAGGCGCCUCCCCGCAGCCUCCAUGGUGAACAUAGGGCGUCACCUGGGCAGCCAGCACGUGUGGGCGUCCAAGCGGCUGGGCGGCGCUAACGGCAGGAACCAGGAGUAUGCCUAUGUGGGUUUGUCCCUGAAGGAUGCUCCUGAUGAAGUCAAGGAAGAGCAGUCUUCGUGCCCUCCCACCCCGGCUACCCCGGCCACUUCGCCGCCGCCAUUACCGCCCUCGCUGUUUUGGGAAAUCAGCCAGCAACAGACUGUUGACUGGUUCUCCCCGAGCUCCAAGCCCCUCAAGAUUUCACUGUCGCCUACCAGCAGCGAGGAUGCCAUGAGGCUGUUUGACACGUUCUUGCAGGACCACGUGGAAUGCACAGGCUCGGCAGAGGACGCAGUGUCUAUUGAAGAGUUGCAUAAGGCUUACCGUCGGCUAUGUCGGUCGAAGGGAAUCACACCUCCGUCUUUCUCUAAACUGAAAACCCGAUGCCUCACACAGCGGGAAAACGUAUCCAUCUCGAGCAUCUCCUUCCAGUCUGUCAAGCGGGCAUACACGGGCCUCAGGUGGACUAACUCAGCCCUUCAGUCCCUCAACCCCAGCAGGAGAGUCCAACCAAAGCCCUGUAGCUCCUGCCAGGCCAAGAAUCAGGCACCUGCCGCCCCUGUGGUGCUGUGUGAGAUGAACCAGGAGGGAAACGACUGGAUACCGCUAGUAAGGAUUGACAGCACCGCAGACCAGAGUUCCCUGAGGCACUGGGGUGACGAGGACUCCAGCACCUUCAUAAACACCCUAGUAUCUCCAUCCACGCUCCUCCCUGCGCCCGCGUCGCCGCCCACCCCACCGGAGACACAGGACUCAUCAGACUUGUUUCAAAUGUUGGAUAUGUUUGACAGCACUGAUCUUUGCAUGUUCUAAAUCACUCUUUAUUACAAGAGAAAGGACACUGCUGACGAUAGAUAGCCUCUGAAUACAGCUUCCUCCCAUAGCGUGUUAAUGAAGGUUCUUAUAUAGUUAGAGGAGAUAAGGAGUGUGUACGGCAGCCUGAACCAAUAUUCCUGGUGACAUGACGCGGCUGUAUACUGACCGGAAGCAGGGUUGUAACGGUCCAGGCAGUGUUGCAGCGAGGAGACGUGGUGUGUUGCAUGUGCAUGAUGUUUUAUACCGAUGUGUUGUUACUUGAUGUUACUGUAUUGUGUUACAGCGGAUUUACUCUUAUGAUAUUGCUUUGUUUUUUUUUUUUUUUUUUUUACCAUUUCCUUGUUAUUUGACGUAUUAUUUUUUGUUAAACUACUAAAUCACGUUAGGGUACAAUAAGUUUUUGUUCUGUUGACGUGUGAAGGCUGUGAAAACCAGAUCUUUAUUGAACUCAGGUGUAUGUUCGCUACAGGUGUGUUAUCAAGGCUUGUGCUCUCAUAACGAACAUUUCAGACGUUGAUCGUUCUGCUUGGUUUUAUUUUUCUAAUAUAAGCAGCACUGGGUAGUUGUUACAUGUGUAAUGGAUUCUCAGGAUGGUUAGAGAG